AUGGCGGCCGCCAGCGAGCGCAUUGAGUCCGGUGAUUCACCACCCGCUCCGAUACCUUCAACUAACAACCAGCCGGGAGUCGGGCAAAAUGCUUUACCUAACGGUCAGAAGAAAAAGAUCAUUGUUUGCUGUGACGGUACUGGAAAGAAUGAAAUCCUCGAGGGUCCAUUGAGCAAUGUCUCUCGCAUCUCGCGGUGUAUCACACCAGUCGACCUACAUGGGGUACCUCAGGUCGUGUACUAUCAGCCAGGCCUUGGAACCGACCCGGAGAAACGGCAGUUCUGGAACAAGAAGUUCGUUGAAGCCACGGGAGAAGGGAUCAACGAAGCCAUCCGCGAAGCGUACAGCUUUAUAUGUCACAACUAUUCUCACCCUGAUGAUGAGAUCUACCUUUUCGGUUACUCACGUGGCGCUUUUACAGUCCGCUGUAUAGCUCAACUGAUAAAUGAUAUCGGGUUACUCAAGAAAGCUGGCUUGUUGAGCCUGCCUAACCUCUUUACAAGAUGGGCGACAGAGACCCGACCGCUGACACCUGGAUCAACUUUUGCGCAAUACAAGAACAAUUUUAUUAGCAAAAAUCUACUGCGCAACGAUAUCCAUAUCCGGGCAUGCGCAGUUUGGGAUACUGUUGCAUCCAUUGGGAUACCUAGGCUGGCUAUAUUUUCUCAACCUCCACCGCAGCAUUUGAAAUUUGUCAAUUCAGAGCUGUGCCCAAAAAUCGACUACGCAUUUCAGGCAAUUGCCCUUCACGAGUAUCGCCGUCACUUUCGGCCUAUUCUUUGGCGGUCCGCUCACGCAAAUCAGACUCUUAAACAAUGCUGGUUCCUUGGUUAUCAUGGUGAUGUCGGCGGUGGAAGAAGAGAUGGAGCCUUAGCUCAUUUCGCUCUUGUCUGGAUGAUGGAUCAAUUGAAAGACUUCCUCAAUUUCGACGUCAGCGGUCUGUGGAUCUCACCCGGGAACGCGAGAGAAGGACAACCUAACGCGUUCGAGAAUUUGAAUCCUGUGACAUCGCGAUCCAGACCCAGACUCCCAUGGACAUGGGGCGUCAAUCUUGAUAUGCAGCGUCCAGAAGCUACCCUUGAAGAUUCCAUGGCUAACAUACACUGGGCGGGCGGACGCCAUGUGCGAGAGCCACGACGUGACUUCUGGGACGGCGAAGGCAUUCAAACACCGGCAGUUCAAGCCAACACUAUUACUUCAAACGAGGUGUUGCACUUCUCAGUGCGAAUGCUGCUCGCCAAGAACGUGGUCAACGUCCCUCUCUGUCUCACCGUGUGCAAAUGUGAGCAAGUUGACCAUAUGAUUCGAUGGACAAUCGAGUCGUGUGGCGAACCCAGAGCCCGCUAUACCAUGGCAGAAGACACAUGCACAGAAGGAGAGCUCAGGUUGCUGCGAACAUGGCUCGACUCAGAGGAUAGUAGAAUCACUGAAAAUCGUGAGCUGAGUCGUAUACGCAACGGAAUCAAAGAUGCAGUACCUCGAGACUUAGCAGGACUCCAAGACCAGAACGUGGCAUGGACAUCUCCACGAUGCCUUGAACGGCAGAUGCCUCAGGACCAUACUGCCAAAGGAUGGUUCAAAUCCCUUUGGAAGUUGCUUUGA